UAAUCAUUUUUAUAAAAUCUACUCAAUUACUUAAAAUUAUUUUUUUGAGAGGAAAAAUCUUUAAGAUGUUUUGCGGGUAAACUAAGAUUCGAUUGAUAGAUUGCUUCAGAAAUAACCCUUUUAAUGCUUUCUACUGUGCAAACAUUAACCAACGCACAAUACGUCUCCUAAAGUAGAAAAUCCUAGCACACUGAUUGCCAUAAUGGUGACCGGCGCUGUCCAAACUUCUAAAAGCACUUAAAGAAAUAAUUACCGUCUAAUAAAGUUUUGAACAACAUAAAUAGCUAGACGACAAGUAAAGUAAAAAGUGUGCUAUCUGUCACGCUAUCUCGAUAAUGAAAGUUUCAUAGCACACGAUAAGAUGAUGAACAAAUAAAGCGUCAAAGAUACAUUAUACAUUUAUUAGAUUUAUCUUUCCAGUAGAGAAAGUGUAAUCACUGAAUUCCAUUGAAUUGCGUAAAUGCAUUUUCGCAUUCCAACGUAAAUCCCGUAAUUCUCCAAUGACAUUCUGCUCCUUUGAAAAAAGUCCAGAAUCAAAUCAUCCAUAUCAAAGAUCAGAUGGGGAAGUCCGAUGGAUUUCCGCGAGUCGCUUGCGAAUCGAUUUUUAAGCAUACGCGAGAUCCGCGUUAGAAUUUCCUUCGAGCUCCCACCUACCGCCGCCGACGAGAUAGCGCACGUGCAUACGUCGUCACGACGAGGUAGACGUACGAGCGCCCGACGAGGACGAGCAGAAGUACUGACAAUCGAGCCGCGGCUUUCUUUUAUCAGUCAAGCUGAACCGCGCGCGACACGCGGACACCUCCGUAUAGACUCCGAAAAUCAAAUCGCGCGCGGGAACCGAUACUUUCCUGUCUAAUGACGCGAGACACUUAACAACGCUGGAAAUCCUAACAGAGUGCACGAAUUUGUCGCAACCGACUUUACGCGAAUUCCGCGGAAGAACGCGCGAAGAAGAGUUUUGGGCCCGCAGGACAUUCGCUCGCGACUCGCUACCGAGACCGUCGUCCAGACUGCUGGUAUUGUCCUCAACGUCGACAGAUUCUCCAGAACGAGGGGUCCAUCGGUGAAUUUCGACACGCUGGCGCAAAUUCGAUGUGAGCUUUCUGCUGUCUGUAGAUCGAAGAUUGCGGAAACAGGCAGAUCCGACGUGAGAUUGUCGCAGGUUGAUCCUAAGGUCUGCCAAACGGGCUCUUGCAACGCCAUAGGCCUACAGCGGAUUCGAUAUGGUCGCUUUUCCGGACUCGGAGAUUGAGCCACCGUUGGUGAACAACAUCGGUCUGACGCCGACGGACAGCAAUGACAACGUUUCGCGUCUGACAAACGACGUUGGAAGAGUCAGGGAUCAAGCUUUUACUAUACCCCGUGCAAUGAAUGGCAAUGACAAUUAUUCGUUGAAAUUCGACAGCAUGAAGAAAACUGAUGACAAGAAACUGAGAGUGGACAUCAAUCCGGAGUCUGGCUUCGUGCAGAAAGUCGCCGUCGGCUUGAAGACACCCGGCGGUGACAAGAUGGACGGGAAAAACCUGCCCGGCGGAAAUGAUAAAGGAUCGCUCUCCAGCUCCGUGGUCACGAUUUCGUCGGAUCCCGAUGGGGAAGGUCAGAACCCGAAGGGAAACCACAAGGAUAUCAGAAACGAGAAAUGGUUCCACACAAUCGCGCAGGUGUCGAUACCGUUCUUUAUCGCUGGUCUGGGGACCAUCGGCGCAGGUCGUGUUCUCACCACCGCGAAGUACAUGCCCGCUUUCAUAGAGGUUCCUCAACUACUGAUCCUGACCACGGCGCUGCAGGGUCUGAAGGGUAAUCUUGAUAUGUGUUUGGCGUCGCGAUUGUCGACACAAGCGAAUUUAGGCAACAUGACCAGUCGACGGGAGAUCAUCAAGAUGAUCGUCGGGAACAUCGCCCUGGUACAGAUCCAGGCAAUCGUCGCGGCCGUCUGUCUGUCGUUGUUCGGCAUGGGGGUAGGCCAGCUCAACGGGAAUGACUUUAAGUGGCAGCACGCGUUGCUGUUAGCAGUCUCGUGCAUGUGCACAGCGACCAGCUCUUGCUUUAUCUUGGACUUUGUCAUGAUCGCUGUGAUCAUGUUAUCUCAUCGAUACAAAAUGAAUCCGGACAACGUGGCGACUCCUCUGGCCGCAUCUAUCGGCGAUGUCGUGUCCAUCAGCAUUCUUUCCACCAUCGCAACGGAAUUCUACAAUAGAAUGAAUACAGAAGGUUGGAUAUUGUACGUCGUUCUCGGAGUGUUCUUGGUGCUUUUGCCGAUUUGGAUUGCAAUCGUGCUAAAGAAUAAAUAUACAAAAAAAGUAUUGAAGUCCGGUUGGAUUCCCAUCCUAUCUGCUCUUCUAAUCAGUGGCGGAGGCGGAUUAGUUCUCGAGAGAAUAAUUGACGAAUAUAAAGGAUCCGAAGCUUUUCAACCGGUCAUUAACGGAAUCGGCGGCAAUUUAGUAUCGGUGCAAGCGUCUCGAAUGUCAACCAUGUUGCACCAGUCUUCUAUCAUAGGAAUUCUGCCGCCGCAUGGCAAAAUUUGGGUAGCUCCGUGGACCGCGCUCUGUGUUGGAUCACCAUAUGCCAGUACCGCAAGGUUGCUGAUCGCUUUAGUGAUUCCCGGUCAACUGGUCUUUGUCUUUAUCGCUGAUGCUUUAAAUCCGGAGAAAUGCUCACUAAAUGCGUACUUCGUAAUCUCUUAUAUAGUUGUUUCUAUAGUACAAGUGAUGAUUCUAUUGUACAUUGCGCAUAUAAUUAUUCAUGCGAUGUGGAGGUACAAAAUCGAUCCUGACAACUCGGCGAUCCCCUACUUGACAGCAUUGGGUGAUCUGAGUGGAUCGCUGCUAAUAGCGUUAGCGUUCUUCUUUAUAUACGCUAUAAACUAUCCAUACUGCGCCUAAGUGAAAGAUAAAUCUGAGGUAGAACUAAUGUCAUUGCACCCAUAUACCAACACACACAUACACGUACACGUGGCGUAAGGAACCUUUAACAAUCCCUAAUUUUCUCAUUACGGGACAAGAGAAUUGGGUGCUUUGCGCCUGUCAAAACAAUUCGAAUGCCUCGCUUUGUGGCGUUAUAUAAUUCGAAGUGGCUCGCGAAACCGAGUGGGAAAUGACGAUGAAAUAAUGUUAAGAGGCGAGGUAUAAUGAAGAAAAUACUCAGACCACAAAUAUAUACAUUUGUUCACCGUUAAACUCGUAGUAUCAAACUAUACUCAAUAUGAUACAUUUUUAACUAUUCCAUAGGUCGUCACUGUUCCUAAUCAAUCAUUAAUUUUGAUUAAAACAUAAAAGUUAAAUUAGCAUUUUUUAAUUCUUUAUUACUGGUGACAAAAAGUCUUAGUUCUCAUUAAAUUAAAUAAAUUGACAGCAUUUUAAAUAGGUAUAUUAAUAAAUCUUUCCCACUAUGUCAUUAAUUAUCUUAUUGGUUUAGUCAAGUUAGCCAAAUAUUAAGUAGAAACAGUGGCGACUCAAUAGAAUUAAAAUAUUUUUAAAAAACAAUAAUUCCACAACACAGUUGUCAAUAAUCUAUUUCUGCAAACGUACGUAAGCGGCUGUGAACUACAAGUAUAAUGCUUACGAAGCAGCAUGAUGAAUGGCAAUUCUGGCACAUAUCUCAUGUUUUUUCCCAUAAAAUGUGUCACGAACUUCUCACAAAUAAAUAACAGCCUAGUCAAUUUAAUAGCAAAAAAUAUGUAUGUUCAAAAAGUUUCUGAAAAACAACUAAAGAAUGUUUCAAUUCGUUAAAGCACCAUCAGUCUUUUAGCCGCUCGCAGGAGACGGCUUUUAUUUUAGAAGAUUUGUAUAAUAAUUGCAUCGUCUUGACGAAGAAUACCCGUUGCGAGUUCAUUAUUAUCGCGACGUAUUUUAACUUGAAGCGAUAGCGACGUGUUUUAACUUUAAAUAGUAGCGAUCGUAAAUUAAAAUAUAAAACUGUGGCCGUGAAGAAUCAAAUUCACAAGCAAAGUGAGCGAACCGAGUGCUUGGAAUUCCUGUAUUCUUUACCUCAGAAGUCACAAGACACUACGAAACAUUUAUUCUGCCACGGCAAAUGGGGCACAAUUUAAUUGCACAAACGUACAAUUGCGGCGCAAUUGCGGCUCAAUUAAAGCUACAAUAUUUCAGCCACAUAUUAUUAAAGCAAGCGUUGAUUGCCUCUCCUUGCCGUAGUCUUACACGCAUAUAAUAUUACGCAAUUAUUUAAUUACGCAACGCGCGGUCUGCGAGCCACGCCUUACGUAAUACUCAGACAAUAGCCGAGUAAUUAAUCUGCGUUGAUUAUUUGUCUUUGAAGUUGUAAGAAACUCACAUUUCGAGCGUCCAUUCUCAGCACGUUGAACAUCGCAUACGCAUACAAUGCAGGUACUCCGAAAUACUUCAAAUACCGUUUAAAAAAUUUUAUCAAAAUUAUGCAUAAUUUUCAAUACUUCGAAAUUUAUCAAAAAUCUAAUAACGGUUCAUUUAUUAUUAUACAGUUUUAAUAUAGCGUUAGCAAAUUUGUUACGAGCAAAAGAGAACUAGAACAGUGCAGCCGAAGUUCAAUGUGUUAAAACUAACAUACGAAAAUUGAAAUCGUUUACGAAAAAUUGUUUAAACGAUUUGUGAAGAUUUUUAGGAAUGAAUUUUGAAAUACAAAUGUAUUCUAAUUAAGAUAUUUAAAUAUAUUUUUAUGUACAUAUUUUACUCGUGUACUUAACGCCUUUCCAAAUUUCAAUUAUUGCAACGUUUAAUUGUAAAUAUUAACUUUUAUAAUAAUUAAUAUUAGUCUAAAAGAUUUAGUCUAAUAGAAAUUUUAUUCAAAAUUAUUUAAGUGAGUUAUAUCAAAGUUGGCAUGCGAUACUUAUAUUUCUAAAUACUGUUAACCAACCGACCCUGACCUGACCGUUUAACCGAUAGAGAAAACAUAACGUUCAUAUAUUUCUAGAAGAAUGUAGAUAAUGCAGUAACGUCAUGUUUGAAAGAUGGAAUUUAGAUAGAAGAACUUGCAAAAGUUUAUAUCUCAUAUUAUCUCGUCCCAAGUGGUAUCCUGUGAAAAAAAAUAAA